UCAGUAGUGCUAAAGUGCGAAGUGAUCCAAUAUUUUUCUGUAAUUUUCCGCGAAUUUCCAUGCAAAAACGCACCAAAAUCGCGUCUACCAUGUAAAUAAAGGAACCAGGAAGACGCCUAUCAACCUGGAAAUCGCCAAAAACUCAAACUCGCAUCACGAAUUGCAAAAAUAAAAUUUACGUCAGUGUUGUCUGUAGUAUUUAGGUGAAGGAAAGACGAAAAAAAAACGCCUAUGACUACAAACUGACGACUGUGUGCACCUUUAUUUUGUUUUGUUUUUGCUCCAGAAACGAAAAAAAAACACCUACUGUCUGGCGAAAAAUUGGCACGCAAACGACGUCGUCGUGGUCCGCGCUGACGAGAGGAAAAAAAUUGCUGCGGCGCAAGAAUUACACACACCAACACACGAGUACUCUACAUUUUUUGUGAGUCAUUCAUCUUUUCCGUCUUCACGUCGUCGUCGUCGUCGACGGAGGUACGAGAGCAAAACAACAACAACGCAGCAGCAGCGUCUCGCCUGUAAUAUUGCAACAACGUGCACGGAGGAAUGCACUUCAUGCGCUUCUAAGAAAUCUCGAUCGCCGUCUGUACGGGUGUCUGUGUGUCGCUACGCCGUACGCUUGAACUUACAAAGGCUGAAAAGGUGAAGAUAGUAGUAAAUAUAAAAUAAUAAAACACAAAAAAAGUAACAUUCUACAAACAACAACAAGUCAUUCACGUCGUCUUCGGUCGUCGAUCGUCGUUCGUUGCACAUACCGCACACAGGAAAUACCAAACAACCACAGCCAUAAGUCAUUUUAAGUGUGUUUUGGAAUCAGUAAGCACUUGUCUACUGAACUUGAAUGUUCUCGUGCGAUUGUUUUGUUCGAAAAAAACUUCAAAAAACCUAAAAAUAUGAAGAAAAGAAGAUAAAUUUGUGUUAAAAUGUGUUAAAAAUUUAAAAAAUCAACUAAAAAACUACAAACUGAAACGAUUUUAGAAUAAGAAAAAGACAAAUAACAAAGAAACUUUACAAGAAAAACAUUGAAAAUGGUGCCGAACGUGCAAACAGUUAAUCCAUAUUACAAUUUUGAUUAUUGGGCUAACCAGAAUCCAACUCCGUCGGAAAAUGAGCAAGUUGAAUUGACGAUUUUUAUGCCUAAUGGCAUUCUAAUAGUGCUAAAUGUGCCCAAAACUAUAACUUUGGCGGAGUUAAAAGAGGAUGUCUGGGAAGCUGCGGAACGCAUGCCCCUCUUCGGGCAUCUCAAGGACAAAUCCUACUAUGUCCUCGGAAUGGUCACAAAAUACUCCUCCGACGAGAUGCACGACGAAACGAAGCGAAUUUGCGACAUCCAACCGUAUUUCUGCAUCUUUCGCGUCUUGAGCAAACAGAAUGCCACAAACAACAAACUAAACAAAAGCAUAAACUGCCUCAUCGGGAAAUCCCUGAACGACAUAAAAAUCAUAAAUAACGCCGAGGUGAACGAUUUUCGGCACAAAAUGAAUUUACUUACGGAUGACGUGUCGACGAAACGGCAUCGAAUGUCUCUCGUGGAAAAGUUAUCGUAUCAAUAUCCCCUUCGACUUGCAGCGACAAACGAAAUGCCCGAAAAUGUGAAGAAACGGAUGCGAAACGAUCAUUUUGUGCUGGUUGCGAAAUUUCACAGAGACGCAACGUCGUCAUUUACGUUCAACGUUCCUUACUUUAUCACGCCGAGCAAGAUGUUGGAACAGGUGCUGGCGAAGAAAGCCUUGACCAUGAAUGCCAAAGGGGAGAUUUUGACGCAAGAUUACAUCUUAAAAGUGUGCGGGCAAGACGAAUAUCUCUUCGGGGACUAUCCGUUGGUGCAAUUUUUGUAUGUGCAGGACACGUUAAGUCGCGGCGGCGUUCCAACACUUGUCGUAAAGCAAGUUGCCGACGUCGAAAUCGAAGAAUCCACGUACACAAGUACGAAAGAUCUGCUUCGAUCGAGCAAACAACAGUCGGAAAAGAGCACAUUGCGUAAAAAAGUGCGCCAAAUGUUGUCAUGGGACAUCGAUCAGCCCUUCAAAUGCAAAAUCCAAAUAAUCCGCGAAGUGAAUAUCAGCGAGGACAAUCGUUACAGCGAAAUUGGCAUCCAAGUUGGCUUGUAUCACGGCGGAAAAGCGCUUUGCGAGCCGCAACGCACCAUCGAGAAACCUCUUACGAGUCAACGGAGCGUCAGAUGGGACGAAGAGCUCACGUUUAACAUCAACGUUCUCAAUUUACCUCGCAUGACGCGUCUCUGUUUCGUCGUUUACGAGACCGUCAAGAGCGCCAAAUACAGCGGCACCAAAACCCGAAGACUGAAAGACACAAACAAGGAUAUCUACAUCAAUCCGAUCUGCUGGGCAAACACGACAGUGUUCGAUUUCAAAAAUCAGCUGAAAACGGGCGAUAUUACGCUUUAUACGUGGACCUUUAUGGAUACGGUGCAGGAUCAGCAAUCGGAGGAUUUGAUGCAUCCGCUGGGCACGGUAGAACAGAAUCCGCGUGUUUACGAGUGUGCAUCACUCACCGUGGGAUUUCACAAUUACAUCGAGAAGACAGCAACCAUCAUCUACCCGAACGAGGAGACAGUAUUAGAGUAUGCAGAAAGCAAUCGUGCCACAAAAGAUUUAUCCCGAAGCUCAGCACAAGACACGCGCAACGUAAAAGAGAUCCUCGCCCCCUUCAUGCACAACGAUCGCUUAAACGAAAUGCACGAAAACGAUCGCGACUUGAUCUGGACGAGUCGCAACGAGGUGCUCGCCAACGAACCUGAUGGGCUUCCGUGUCUCCUGCACUGCGUCGAAUGGAAAAAUCGCGAUGAAGUCGCCGAAGUGACGAAUCUCCUGCUGCAAUGGCCCAAAGUUUCGAUCGAACGUGCUCUGGAGCUGCUGGAUUACGCGUAUGCCGAGCCAGCUGUUCGUCGCUACGCCGUCGAUUGUCUCCAAACGAUCACCGACGAAGAACUCCUGUUGUACUUACUGCAACUCGUGCAAGCGAUCAAGCACGAAUCGUAUCUCUACUGCGAUCUUGUGGAAUUUCUGCUGAAACGCGCUCUGCACAACCAACGAAUCGGUCACUUUUUCUUCUGGCACUUGCGAUCUGAAGUCCCCUUUCCUUCGGUGCAAAUUCGCUUCGGUUUGAUCCUCGAAGCGUAUCUCAUGGGCAGUCAGGAACACAUUUCCGCGUUACUGAAGCAAACCGAAUGUCUUGACAAGCUGAAACAAUGUUCGGACAUCGUGAAAAAGGGAAAUAAGGAAAAAAGUCGCACACUUUUGCAGGAAUUUUUGCAACAUGGAGUCAAUAUCGAAGCAAUUUCCGACGUCAUUAGUCCGUUAAAUCCGAGUUUCAGGUGUCGCAAGCUCAAAAUCGACAAAUGCAAGGUCAUGGAUUCAAAAAUGCGUCCUUUGUGGUUCGUUUAUGAGAAUGCCGACAUGCAUGGCGACGAUAUUUACAUCAUUUUCAAGAAUGGCGACGAUUUGAGGCAAGAUAUGUUCACGAUUCAAAUGCUUCGGAUCAUGGAUCGCGUUUGGAAAAGCAGCGGUUACGAUUUUCGGAUGAUCCCGUAUUCGUGCAUCAGCAUGGAUCGACGUCAAGGCAUGAUAGAAGUCGUUUUGAAUGCCGAAACAAUCGCAAAUAUCCAAAAAGAACGAGGCACAGUGACAUCUUCCUUCAAAAAGGGAUCGUUGCUGAUGUGGCUGAAGGAGCACAACCAAACGGAGGAACAACUCCAAAAAGCAAUACAGGAAUUUACGUUGAGUUGUGCGGGUUAUUGUGUGGCAACGUAUGUGCUUGGCGUGGCGGAUCGUCAUUCGGAUAAUAUUAUGGUGAAAAAGACGGGACAAUUGUUUCACAUCGAUUUCGGGCACAUUUUGGGGCAUUUUAAGGAGAAAUUUGGAUUUCGACGGGAAAGAGUGCCGUUCGUGCUGACGCAUGAUUUUGUGUAUGUCAUAAAUAAGGGACAGACGAACAACAAAGGCGCCGAUGAGUUUAGGAAUUUUCAGGAAUUGUGUGAAACGGCCUUUAUUAUUUUACGACGACAUGGAUGUCUCAUACUUUCCCUAUUUUCGAUGAUGAUAUCGACAGGACUGCCAGAAUUAUCUUCUGAGAAAGAUCUCAACUACCUCCGAGAGACUUUGGUUCUCGACUUAACGGAAGAAGAAGCCCGUGAACACUUCAAGUCAAAAUUCAGCGAAGCUCUUGAAAAUUCAUGGAAAACGUCUCUCAACUGGUUUACGCAUAACAUCUCCACAAAUCACAACUACAAGUGACAAAUGUUCAAUUCGUAUACAAUGUAAAGCUGAUCAUCAUCAUGAACUCUCACAACUUCUCAUCGUUAAAUAAUCACACUAAAAAAAAAUAAUUUUUAGCCAACAACCAGCCAUUUGACCACCGUUGCGCCAUUAUUUUUCGUUCCUGAGUCAAUCUGUUUUUGUUUUCUUUCUACUCUAAUUCGAGUAAAAAUGAAGGAAAAAGCACGAUUCUGUACUUACUUACCGGUAAUUUCGUCGAAACUUAAGUAAAUUAACUUAUUUAUGCAUUAAAUUUUUUUGUUUUUUGUUCAUUUGUCGAUAAAAAUGAAAAAAAAUGCAAUUUUUAACAAUUUAAGGACAAUAUUGUGUAAUUAUUCAUUAAAAACAAAAAAAAAUAUGUAUCAUAGUUAAUUAAGGUUCAAGCAGUAAAUAAGGAAUAAUUUAAAAAUAGUCAGUUAAUUUAGUGUCGAGAUUACAAAGAAAGAAAAAUUAUUUAAUUUUGUUAAAACUUUGAAAGGAAUUUGCACAUUUUGUU